UUAGGGAGAUCCAGGACAGGUUUGCUCUUUCUCCAUUAUACCCGAGUUCCUCAUCCUGCCUAACAUUGCAUGCCUCUUCUUGCCACCACCUCUUUGAUCAUAGAUCUCAUCUCAGAAAAGGGAAGGAGUUCUGAGAGAAGCUCUCUAGAGAAAGCUGGGGAUGAGUCAGAGAAACAGAAAAAGGACCAGGAUCAUUAGAGGCAGUGACUUGUUUGGUGCUAUACCAUCUGCCCCUAGUAAAUUUAAAUGUUGGAAAACGAGACCCAGUAUAAAGAGUUUAAAACAAGGAUCUAAAAGAAAUAAAUGGGAAUUUCCCUUAAAAUGGAGGAAAGGAAAGAAGUGGGGAAUCUACAGGGAGACCAUCAAACAUAAACUGCUUAUUUUAUUAAUUUGCCUAAGGCUAGCCCUGUGAGGUUUGUUAUUUGAAUAAAAAUGGAUACUCCUAAGCUCCUUUUUUUUUUUGUCUAUCACCAGAAGGGUCUUAAUUUCAAGAGGUUUGACUUUCAUUUCAUAAAAAAAUUCUCCAAAUAUUAAAGAUGCCUCCUUUCCUCUUCCUUCCCCUUUCUUCUUUCCCCCAUCAAUCAAAAGGUUUUCUUCUUUUAAAAACUAAAAUGGGGUCACUGACAUAUUCCAAUCAAAGUUACAUUCAAUAACAUUUCUUUUCCUGACCACUUUUAAUGAAACUAUUAAUUUGUACAAGGAUCAUGCUACAUACAACACUACAUUUAAAUGUUUCUACCAUCAAUCAACUGUAUUUCCCUCAAACUAAUAUUUUCACUCCAGAAAUGCAUAUGAUGACUAAUUUAUGAAUAUUGAUGUGCAGUAGCUGAUGGGAAGGUAAGCAAGAACUUUUUAAAAAUUCAAAUUUAAUUUAACUUUUGUGCUUAACAAGAAAAUAAUUAGUUGUUUUAAAUUCAUUUUUUAUCAUUUAGCAGGGAUAUAAACUUUUUAUAUAACUAGAGGCUCUUCGAAAAUCCUUACUCUAGUGGCCAGUAAACCUGACAGAUGCAGGGAGAAUAGGGUACUGGAAGGGAGGCAAGAUUUCAAGUCAACUGAGUGGCUAGAUUUAAAGGAAUAGAACUCAACUGCUAAAAUAGAGAUGGAGAACGUAAUGCAGGAUUGCUGAAGAUGCCUACAUUGAUUUAUAUAAUGUUAAUUUUCACGAAGAACUGUUGGACUAAGCUCUUAAGACAUCCAGCGUUUGACUCAAGAAACAGUUCUAUAGGAAGCCCAGGAAUUAGUUCUUGCAUUUAACUAAAGAUUAUUUUUAGUAUAUUUACUUUUUUUCCCCACUAAAGGGGAAGGAGAAAAAUCAUGUGAAAAACAAUGGAAAAAAAAGAUGGCCAAAUGACAUAUUUCAUAGAAUGAAUUAUCUGAUUCUACCCCUUUGUCUCCAUGUGGACUCCAUAUGCCUUGGUCAGCAGAGCAGCGUAUGGUGAACUCUCAAGGUCCUGGGAUAUCCACUAAGCCUGAAGGGCCCUGAAUCUAUGCAGUUAUUCAAGAAUUUCAUAGCCUGAAGAGAUGAAUUUUGGAGGUUUCACAACAUAUAGGAGAUUUUCCAUGCAAAUGGCAGCACUCCCAAAAUGAGACGUACCUUCCUUGGAUCCUUUUGUGUUCUUCUGAUUGGUAUUUCAUAACAUAAAGAGAAACAACAAACAUGAGAGUGCCCAUCUUUGAAGACUGCAAAGAUGAAAGUGAAGGAGAGAAAUCUGGGGGAGAAGAUGUAGAAGAUGAAGAAGAAAAGGUAUUUCUUAAGCCUGUCAUUGAAGACCGAAACAUGGAAUUGGCUAGAAAAUGUACUGAGCUAAUUAGUGAGAUCCAUUAUAGAGGAGAGUAUAAAAAGUCCAAAGACAAAUGUACAUUUGUAACUGACACCCCUCUGCUAAACCAUGUGAAACACAUAGGUGCUUUUAUUUCUGAGGCCAAGUACAAAGGCACCGUCAAGGCAGAUCUUUCCAAUUCUUUGUAUAAGCAGAUGCCAGCCACAAUUGACAGUGUAUUUGCAAGAGAAGUUUCACAGCUUCAGAGUGAGGUUCUCUACAAACAGAAACACGAUGCUGCAAAAGGAACAUCAGACUAUUCACAUAUGAAGGAACCACCUGAUGUAAUACAUGCCAUGGAAACCAGUAAACAUCAAAGUAAUGUUUCUUAUAGGAAGGAUGCAGAGGAAAAUCAUAAAUACAAUGCAGGGAUUGACAGAUCAGACAUCAAGAUGGCAACCCAAGUCUCCAAGAUCAUUAGCAAUGCUGAAUACAAGAAAGGAAAAGGAGAAAUGAAUAAAGAACCAGCUGUAAUUGGAAGGCCAGAUUUUAAGCAUGCUAUGGAAGCUUCUAAACUUUCUAGUCAAGUUAAAUACAGAGAAAAAUUUGAUAAUGAAAUGAAGGAUAAGAAACACCAAUAUAAUCCUCUUGAAAGUGCUUCUUUUAGACAAAGUCAGUUUGCAGCUACCCUUGCAAGUGAUGUACAGUACAAGAAAGAUGCUCAGAUGAUGCAUGAUCCAGUUUCAUAUCUCCCAAGCCUAUUUUUAGACCAUGCUUUGAAAACCAGCAAAAUGCUCAGUGAUCAUGAAUAUAAGAAGCUAUUUGAAGAAAGCAAAGGAAGUUAUCAUUUUGAAACUGACACAGCAGAACACCUCCAUCAUAAAGGCAACACAGCGCUCCAGAGUCAGGUUAAGUACAAAGAAGAGUAUGAAAAAGCCAAGGGCAAGUCGAUGCUUGAAUUUGUGGACACUCCAUCUUACCAGGCUUCCAAGGAGGCUCAAAAAAUGCAAAGUGAGAAAAUUUACCGAAAGGAUUUUGAAAAAGGAAUCAAAGGAAGGCCAUCCCUAGAUUUAGACAAGACUCCGGAAUUUUUGCAUGUAAAAUAUGUCACAAAUCUUCUCAAAGAGAAAGAAUAUAGAAAGGACCUGGAAAAUGAAAUAAAGGGGAAAGGAAUGGAACUUAGUUCAGAAAUACCUGACAUUCAGAGAGCAAAAAGAGCAUCUGAAAUGGCAAGUGAGAAGGAGUACAAGAAAGAUCUGGAAAAUGAAAUUAAAGGGAGAGGAAUGCAAAUUGGCACAGAUACCCUUGACAUACAACGAGCCAAAAAAGCUUCUGAAAUCUCAAGCCAGAAAGAAUAUAAAAGAGAUCUGGAGACAGAAAUUAAGGGGAAAGGGAUGCAGGUGGGCACAGAUACUCUUGAUAUUCAACGAGCUAAGAAAGCAUCUGAAAUGGCAAGUCAGAAAGAGUACAAAAGAGACCUGGAAAAUGAAAUUAAAGGGAAAGGAAUGCAAGUGAGCAUGGAUAUCCCUGAUAUGCUUCGAGCCAAGAGAGCAUCUGAAAUCUACAGCCAGAAAAAAUACAAAGGUAAAGCAGAGAAGAUGCUGACUAACUAUUCAACAGUGGCAGAUACUCCUGAAAUACAGAGGAUCAAGGCAGCCCAAAAGAACAUCAGCAUGGUGUUUUAUAAGAAAGGAGUAGGAGCUGGCACAGCUGUAAAAGAGACCCCAGAGAUUGAACGGGUCAAGAAAAAUCAACAGAAUAUCAGUUCAGUGAAAUAUAAAGAAGAAAUAAAACAGGCAACAACCAUCUCAGACCUUCCAGAGCUAAAGAGAGUUAAAGAAAAUCAGAAGAAUAUCAGCAAUCUGCAAUAUAGAGAGCAGAACUACAAAGCUACUCCUGUUUGCAUGACUCCUGAGAUUGAGAGAGUGAAGAGGAACCAGGAACAUCUCAGCCUGGUGAAAUACAGAGGAGAAAGCAAAUGUGGCACAUCCAUUUCUGACCCUCCAGAGCUGAAGAGAGUUAAAGAAAACCAGAAGAACCUCAGCAAUGUUCAUUAUAAGGGACAACUGGGCAGAGCAACUGCCAUAAGUGUCACUCCAGAGAUGGAAAGAGUUAAGAAGAAUCAAGAAAAUAUUAGCUCGGUUAAGUAUACCCAGGAUCAGAAACAGAUGAAAGGUAGACCAAGUUUGAUUGUAGAUACCCCUGGACUGAGGCAUGUUAAAGAAACUCAAAACAAUAUUUCCAUGGUUAAAUAUCAUGAAGACUUUGAGAAGACAAAGGGCAGAGGUUUCACCCCAGUUGUGGAUGACCCAGUGACAGAGCGAGUGAGGAAGAAUACCCAGGUUGUCAGUGAUGCUGCUUACAAAGGUAUACAUCCACAGAUUGUGGAAAUGGAUCGGCGGCCUGGAAUCAUUGUGGACCUUAAAGUUUGGCGUACCGAUCCUGGUUCCAUCUUCGACAUUGAUCCAUUGGAAGACAAUAUUCAAUCUAGGAGUCUACAUAUGCUUUCUGAAAAGGCAAGUCUCUACAGUAGACAUCGGUCUCAUUCAACCAGUACCCUUGGUGUAGGACCAGGGGAUGAUAAGUCAGAAAUCUCUGAGACAAACCCUAGCUUUUCCUUCUGCAGUGAGCUAACAAGACCAUCUGAUGAAGAAGGAGCCCCCGUACUUCCUGGGGCCUACCAACAAAGCCAAUCCCAAGGCUAUGGGUAUAUGCAUCAGACCAGCAUGUCAUCCAUGAGAUCAAUGCAACACUCACCAAGUCUGAGGACCUACCGAGCAAUGUAUGAUUACAGCGCUCAAGAUGAAGAUGAAGUUUCUUUCAGGGAUGGUGACUACAUUGUCAACGUGCAACCUAUCGAUGAUGGAUGGAUGUACGGCACUGUGCAGAGAACUGGGAAAACUGGAAUGCUUCCAGCCAAUUACAUUGAGUUUGUUAACUAAUUCUUUAUCCUCCUUCCCCUUUGAGCUUUAUUCUAAUAUAUUCUGAAGCCUAACCUUUUUAAAAAAGAUGGAAGAUACUUUUAAGACCACUUAUUAGCUAUUUUAUCACUGAGAUAAGUCAGUCCUUAAAUUGAAAGAUAGACACAGGUCCCAGGAAGAAAGCUUGGGCUCCCAGCCUAAAGCAGCAGUAGGUUCAGUCAUCCCCAAAACCAACCAAACAACUAAGUUAACUGUGACUGGAUACCUAGUACUGGUAACCGUGUUUGUGGUUUCUUCUGAUUGGUUCCUGAUCCCUUGUUUCUGGUAUUGAAAAGAGGCAUUUCUUCUCUCUCUAAUCUGAUAAGUAAAGGAAAAUUCUUAGCUGUCACUUUAGCAUCAACGAGAGACCCAGCCCAUUAAUGUAAUAACAGCACAUCCAGUAGUCUCCAAGAUGUUUCAAUUUAGACUCAUGAGGCAGGUACCAAAUCCAAUUGUAAUCAACCAGUUGGAUAUUUUUAAGGACUGGCAGAGAACAGGCUGUUUAUAAUCACAAUGUCUUACUUAUCCAGUAGCCAUUGGGGGUAAAGAAAGUUUUGCUCACAUGGUGAAAAGAAUCCCAGAUUCCUUGGGACAGUGGCAUCUGUGCCCUCCAUAUGCAUUCCCAGUUGUGUCCCUCUCUUCCACUUACAUUUGAUAGGGCCAACUGGUUGAAACUCUCUGCUUUCUAUUAUUUUUCCUCUAAAUCUAAUUCAGGGAAAGAAAUAUAAUAUUUGCUAGGCCUUAUAAAAUGUCAGGGCCAAAUAACUCGCCAUAGCUACUCUGCAAAGGCCUAAAUUCAAAUGCUGCCUAUUUUCCUUCCCCAAUCUCCUUUAUCCUGAUUCCCCAGGCAAGUUUAAGCUUAGGUACAAUAUGCACCAUUGCUGCAUAGUCCAUAACCAUGAUUAUCCCUGUCAUAACAGCCAAGUUUAUAGAUGAUUAAAAAACCCCAACUUCCCAUUUGCCAGCUCAUUUGAAAAAAAAAAAAACCAAAAACCAAACAACAUUUUAAAAAGUUGCUUGUGAUUCUUCUGCUGUGCUGCAUUCUAAUUUUGAAGGAGUUACAACCUUAGGAAAUAAAUUUAUAUUCUAGUAAAUAAAUAAUUUAGGUAUUCCUUGAGAAGCUUUCACUGACACUGCUUCUAUAUUAAGGGAACAAAAAGCCUAACUGGAUCUGGUGAAAAGUUGCAAGAAAAAGUUAACGGAAAGACAGAGAUUCUGUUUAGAAUAUAAUGAAUGGGUAGUUUUCAUUUGGCUUCUAGCAUGGAAAUUCAGCAACUUAAAUUGGUUAUAUAAAGGAUCCUCUUUCUACUUUGUAUUAUGUCUCCUCCAGACCUAAAUCUGGGAGAGGGAGAGGAAUAGGAAAUUCAUUAGAGAUUUUUAGUAUAGACACAAUGAGUUCAUUAACUGAGGAGUGAUCGUGAAGGCUGUUUUUUCCCACAGAGAAUGAGUAGAGAUUCCCAUCAAAUAAAUUAGUGCCACUCUUAGCUGUGGGGUCACAGUGUCAAGAAGCCAAAAAUCUCGGGGCAGCUAGAUGGCACAGUGGAUAAAGCACCGGCCCUGGAUUCAGGAGUACCUGAGUUCAAAUCCGGCCUCAGACACUUGACACUUACUAGCUGUGUGACCUUGGACAAGUCACUUAACCCCCAUUGCCCCACAAAAUAAAAAAAAAAAAGAAGCCAAAAAUCUGAAUGGAUGAGCCAAGAUGUGGAUACACCUGUAUUUCCCCACCCUGAUUUUGUAGUUUAUUGUCCUCUGCAGUGAGAUUAUACACCAAGAACAGCUGGAUGUUUUGCACCAGUGCUGUUUUGCUUAAUACUUUAUUUUUUAACUCUCCAAAUAUUUAGUAAAAUUGACAGUACUUAGAGGAGAUAUUUGGAGCACAGAAUGUAUUGGAAAAUGUGAGGUAACAAAAGGCCUAAAAAAACUGUCUUGUAACUGAAAAAUCUUAUGGAGCCAAAGCUAAAUUUCUGUUGAUAUUUCAUAACUUUGAAAAUUUGUAUUGUCUCACUGGGGAGGUGAGGUCAAUAAGCUAUAUCCCAAUCAAAUCAUGACUGCAUGGCAUCAAUAAGACUUGAAAAGUCAAUCAGGCUUAUUUUAGAUGGGGGUUCGGAUGGUAAUAACAUCACCUAAUAAUGGAUUUGACUAUUUUCAUUUGUCAUUGACUUGGAAAGUUAUUUAACUUAAUCAAUGCAAUCAACUGGAUGUUUGAGGGGCUUAUUCAGGCGUAGACUAAGGAAAAUCUAAAUAUGUAAUUGAAUUGAAGAAUGAGCUUUUAUGAAAAUCCCAAUUUAAAGGCAUAUGCUUCUUCACACCAAUUUGGUUUUUAAGUAAAUAUGUAAGUUUCAAGGUACAAGAUAGACCAUUUCCUGUGAUAAAUUAAAAAGUAGAAAAGGAAGAAAGCAGUUGGUGACUGCAAUUUCAAACUUAGCUUAAGAUGGUUAUAAUUUGUAUAAACCCAUACAUAGGAUGCUCACAGAAAACUGAUUUUAAGUGAUCAUUUGAAUCAGGACUGCAAGGUGACAACAAAGUGACAAUUUGGUAUUUUAUAUUCUGUAGUUUCAAAACUCAAAUUUAGGAAAUGUAAACACCUACAUGAGUGCACAUGUGUCCACAUAGAGGUAGUGUUUGAUUUCAGAGCUUCACAUAGUAUCUGGAUAUCAAUCAAGAUACCUAUGCUCCAUGUAAUACCAACCAGCAUUAAUUAAGGGGCAAGCAUCAGCAUUAAACUAAUUGGCAGUGUUGUAGAUGAGGUAAAACAAGAUACUGUGUGCUCUGAAGAUCAUAAUUCAUUUUUUUCCGUUCAUGGUUACAAAAUCUUGUUCUGAUGCUAAGUAUCUCUGAAACAGGAGGAACACUGGAAACAGAGCAAUCUUAUACCAAAGCACUAUUUCUGCAGUGUCACAAUUUAUUUUUCAAGUACAUUCUUUAUGUUCUUAUAUGAAUCUUUAUUAAGGCUCCUCAUGACACCACCACCCUCCCCCCAACCCAAACCUUAAUUCAGCUUGGUGACAUCUCCCUUUUGUAAAAUAUGGACAGCAAAAGAGAAGUUAAGAAUUAAGUAUCUAUUUUAUGAAGUCAAAAAAAUGACUGAACCAUACCCAAAACUAGAAAGGGUGAAUGUCCCUACCUUUCUAAUAAUAGGAUGCUUUCAGGAGUGAUAAAAGCAGCUAGACCAGUUUGAUACAUUUUUAAAUGUUCCCAAGAACAGCAAAAACAAAAUUUCAAAACUGUGUGUGAAUGAUUUUUCUCUUGAGAGUGACAUGAACAAGGAUGUAUUUCUUCUGUUGUAAGUAAGGUUUUGUAGUACGUGUUUUUACUAAUUCUUCUCUAGGAAAGCUUUCUAUUUUUAACCUGUGGCAAAAUGAAUUCUUCUUUGUCAUCUUGUUCUCAUCAACUCUAAUUAGCAGCAUAAUCCACAUCACAGUGUUGGGAUCCAUAUCUCCUGUCCCACUGAGCUCAGCAGAACAUACAAAAGUGUGUAAGCACAGUUCUCAGAAUCACCUUUUUUAGACCUGCUAUUUUAGCAGGGCAUUACUCAACCUGUGUUUUUGCUUCUCUCAUCAAUGACGUGAAGUGACAAGCUUCAAAAAAAUAUGUUAUUUUGCCUGUUUUUCUUUUAAACCACAGACUAACCUCUCUUUGUUGUGCUUCAAUGCAUUUCAAAGAUUGGGUGAAGUCCCUUCUCAAAGAGGCAAUGGAAUGACUAAAGUUGCCCCUCUAUUUCAGGUUCAUUCACCUCCACUGGAAUGUUUUCAAUGCAAAGAUCAUUAAAAUGUGUAUUACCCUUUAAAGCACACAUGUGUAAACAUGAAGAAAGUAAAUCAGUUUUUAUUGUGUAUUUAAUAAAAUGGGUGCCUUGUUGAUUAUCCCCAUUUGUCCACAUGGCCUUUGAGAGAAAAUCAAGCAAGCUUCUGUUGCCAAUUCUACAGGAAUGCUCAUAUCAUACGUGAUUUGUAUUUUAGGAAAUGAGAAGCUCUGAAGAAAGAAGAGCUCUCUUUGCCAAACAACCAUAUUGGAAUGAACAAUUUGUUGCAUUUCACUUUCAGAAGAUUUGAACUCAUAAAACUGAAAGGUCAUUUUAAACUCUUCCAUCUCUUCUUUGAGAGUUCCUUGGGUCCUUAAAAUGCCUAUAGUUCUUUCUAACACAAGGGUUAAAUGUUAGGUUUGGGGAUUUUUAGUAUUUCCUAGACAAAAGAAUUAUGAGGCACAAACAUUUGGCAGAAUUAACUCCAUGAGAAGAAAAUGGUUUCAUGAGUUCAUUGCUCAUUCAGCUCUUUGCCUCUAAGAAUAUAAAACUUGUGUAGAUAGGUAGACCUAUAAAAGUUGCUAGAUUAUGGCUGUCCUGAGUAACAUGAAAUAUGGAAACAAAAAAACUUUAGUUAAGUACUGUCUUAGUAGUAAAAUAUAUAAAUUAGGUUAAAAUGCUAAAUGAAAGUAGGUCUUUGAAGUACUAUAUGCCCUUCAGGGCUCUUUGCAGGCAAUUGCCAACUACUGGUGAUCUAAAAAGCUAAGACUUUAGAUAAUCUGUAGCAAUUAUUCCAAGAUGCUUUAGACUACAGGAACCCCACACCACAAGUCUGGAAGAAGCCUCAGGGCCAUCUGUCCUCCCUCAAACUUUCUGAUUCACUACAAUAUAUUUGUGGGAAUUUCAUAUGCUUUUUGUGUCUGAUAAACUAUAAAGUUUGCAUACUAGACUUAAGUUGUAAUCCAUUUGCUGUUGAGAAUGAAUUGUAUUGGAAGAUGAAAGGAUACUGCAUGACAAUCAUUUUCUUGGGUAUUGCAUUGUUGGACCAUCAGAAAAGAGCAAUGAAUGUACUGUUGACAUGAUGUAGAAACUAUAAGCUGUUGGUUUUUACCAUGUGAUAUUAAAAAAAAUAGUAAAAAGGAACCACUGGGCAGUUUGGCUUAUGUUUGCUUUAAAGUAUGCAGAAUUUGAGUUUGUUAUCAUGCUUUUUUCACAAAACUGUAUUUGCUUAAAAGGUAUGCAGUUAAGAAGGAAACACUGUUUUUCAAAUGGAGGGUCUUACAGAAUGAUGUCAUGUGUUGACAUAAUUUGGCUUUUGUUAUGCAGAUUAACACCAGCUAUUAAAAUAUAUUUUAGUAGAAAUGCUUUAAUUCACAUUCUUUUCCCUUUACACUGUGAAUCUUGAAGCCUUGGUGGAUUACAACAGCUUCAUGCUAACCCAAAUACUAACCUAUGCAAACUAGAUGCAUUUCAUUUGAUGUCACAGAGAUUGUAAUGAUACUUUCCCUUGCCUAACAUACAAUGGCAUUAAAAACAAAUGGUUGAGUCUCACAUCAUUUAUGUUCAUCAUGGUCAUGGAAUGCACUCUUCAACGCAACUGUCAUCAUUAGGAUCAGGUCAGGAGCAAAACAGCAGUUCAUUUGGAUCAGUUGACUGUUAAAAUGAGAAUGUCCCAUGAUGUAUACCUGCUGUAGCUCCAGCUUUCUCACUUUGGGUGUUUUCCUCAAAUAGAACUGCGUGUAAAAAUGCCCUUGCUUUGGGGUAUGGAUAAUUUUUCUUCAUUCUGUAUUUGUGAAACUUUAUAAAAGCAUUAAUUUUCCAUCCCUACACACUUGGUUUGCUUAAAUAAAUGUGGGUAAUGAUGAAACGGGGUCUACUACUUGACUUUGCAUUGGGAGACAAGAUAAUGAAUUCUUUGGCUGUAACUCAGUUGAGCCAUUUAUCAGGUAUGAGAUGUGGACGUGAUGGCUCAUAUGCCACUCAGUCAGUUAUAGGUACAAUUAACCCUACUCAAUUACCUAAAAAGUCGUGUCUAAUGAAGACAAAAUUAAGGAAUUGCCACAGUCCUUUUCCAAGUACAGCGAGUAUCUCUUUAAAACACCAGUGAAUGCUACAGCAAUGCAGUGUUGUGUUUAGUGCUUUAGUGUGCUUCAGUGGUUAGUUACCAGUACUAUACUUAAUAGUUUAAACUUUAACUAUUAGCAUUUAUUCAAGGAUAAAACAAUUUAUAGCAAAGAACAGAAAGCAGAGAUUAAACAUAUGUGUGGGGUAACACUAUGUGGUAUUCCAUUUGUCAGGUGGGAUAUUAUUGGUUUUUAAAAAUUUUCUCUGAUUAAAAAAAAAACAACUAUGUUAAUCCUUAGGAAAACUUUUACUCUCAUCUUACUUUCCCAUGACUUCAGUGUAUUUUCAUUUGGUAUUAUAUGGCUCAGGCAGCAUGAUGGACUGAAAUGAAAACGGAAUUUGAAGUCAGCAGACCUGCAUCCAAAUCUCAGUUCUUUCAUUUAUUCUAUAAACUUUGGCUUUGGGCCUCAGUUUACUCAUCUGUAAAAUGAGGGAGUGGGACUAAUCUUUAAGAUACGAUCUAAUUCCAGUAUACAAUCCUAUAAUCUUUUGAGUACUGAACUGAUGAAUUUUUCACAUAAAUCUCAGUAUAAUUCUCCUUAAACUCUUUGUCCAGGUGGCAUAGUGGAUAAAGUGCUGGGCUUGGCAUCAGGAAGACUCAUCUUGCUGAGUUUAAAUAUGGCCCGAUACUAGCAGUAUGACU